GCUUUGACAGAUCGUGCAGUCUACGGCUUCAGAGAGGUCUUCAGAAAUCAUUUCUCCAUUUUAUUUUACUUUUCCUACAGUCUGCAGCUUCGAAAGAUCGUGAAAAAUCAUCUCGAUUUUAUUGGACUAAAGAUUACUUUUUCUGCAGUGUGGGUUUUUUUUUACAAAUCAUAAAAAAUCAUUUCGAUUUUAUUGGACACCAGAUUACUCUUUCUGCAGUUUGUGUCUUCAAAAGAUCGUGAACAAUCAUCUCCAUUUCAUCGAACUUUGUUUAGUUUUUCUGCAGUCUGUGGUUUCGACAUAUCGUAAAAAAAAAAAUCAUCUCCAUUUAAUUGGACUUCUGUUUACUUGUCUGUAGACUGUGGCUUCGAUAGGUCUUGUUUUAAAACAAGAAGAAAACACCUCUUCAUUUUAUUUCACUAACGGUAUACUGACUCCCAAAAAUGGGCACAAGUUCCUCCAAGAAAAAACGCAAAACUGGAAGUGGUAAGGAGCAUUUCACUGGAGUAAGACACGGAACCCUUGAGAGGGAUAGGAGAGAGCGCAAACGGUCCUUGGGUCAGAAAACAGCUCUCGGGUGGACCAAGUCAGGGCCGGUCUUGGCCACGGGGAAGACGGUGGUGUAUGAACGAAAGGGCAAGGCGAGCACCAGUCAGGCACUGACACCGACGUUGUCCACGUCGCUGAGAUACAGCGACUUCAACCGUAUUGUCAGGAAGGCCAGUCUGGAGAUUGAUGACGUCAAACCGAUGUACAUUCCGUAUGAUACAGAUGAAGUGUUUCAGGACGACCCGGAUGACCUCUGUCAUAUUUGCAGUGUGUAUACAGGCGGCACUCUUUUCACAUGCAGAGUGUGUCUACAUGUGUACCACGAGAGCUGUUUGAGGAAAAUCGGUCAAGAUGGCAACUCAGCACAGUUCAGAUCAAAAGGUCACUGGAGUUGCCACAUCUGUGAUGAUGUUAGUGGUCUUCUAACAGAAGAAGAAAUGGAACGCUUGUGUCAAACAUUUGAAAAAUAUAACAUCAUCAAAGGGAGAAAUCUGCUGCACGAGGAGAUCCUCUCUUUCUGGAAGCAGCAGUUUCUGGACAAAGUGGCGUCUGGGAUGGACCUGGACACAGAGCGCCGCCUGGUGGACGUCAUCUGUAAGAUGGAUGCCGACCACAGAGGACUGGUGGCGUGGAAGAACUUUCUGGAUCACGAGGCGCUGAAAAUACUCAACAAAAGAAACAAAAACUCCCUGCUGCGAUUGUUAAAGGAGUCAGAAAUCAGGGAAAUCCGCAACAAGUUUAAACUGUUCGAUUACAACAAACAGGGCUAUAUAAUGAAAGACAACGCAUUAGCUCUUCUCAGUGCAAGUGAAGCAUUUUAUUGCAUACAAGAAUGUGGUAGUGGCCCAACGUUAUGUACUCUUGGUUCAAACAGUCAGAUCAACUGGCAGCAGUUUUUGAUGAUGCAGGCCAUAUAUUCCAUAGCUGCCAGACUAAACCUGUGGGAAAACAACUACGACGGCGGCGACCACAUCGCGCCAAGACACACCGCCAUUAAUAAUCCACUGCCCAACAGCGGAAACGUCGUGCGUGGUAGUCAGAGCUCAAUGCGUGACACGGAAGUCGUGAUGCGUGAUAAUAGAUACAAAACGCGUAAUAUUGGCGUCCCGUUACAUCAUACAGGUGAUAAAACGCGUGAUAUUGGAGUCCCAUUACGUCAUACUGGUGAUGCGGCAGUCGUAAAGCGUGAUAAUGGAAAUGCAAGGUUCGAGACUGGUGACGCCAAGCGUAAUACUGUUGACGCAACUGGCGCAAAGCCUAAUUCUGGAAACGGGAUGCUAAGAACUAAAGACGCAGUGCGAGACACUACGCAGACCGUACAGACGAGGAAAGUCCAAGUGACCAACAGGAGUGUAUCAGACUCAGGAAAAGCGGCGAAUCUGGAUAGCACCAGGUCUGACGUAACGCUAGUGUCCGCUUGCAAGAACACCCCACACCCGAAUACUCGAUGUUCGUUCCCGAUUAUCUAUAAUAAACCUAAGGUGAGGGGAAAUUCCGAGAAUACGGACACAAGAAAGUUUACAGAGCCUUCGAGUAAACAUCUAGAUUACGCUGCCACAACGAGUGAAAGGGAAAAGGAUAGCCGGAAUACAGACAAAGUAAUAGGCCAGGGCAAUAUGGAUGAAACUCAAACGUCGCGCCCAUCAUGCGUCUUUGCGAAUGACGCGGGCAGUGGAAAAAAAGGUAGCCAGUCACAAGCCUAUAUGCCCCAGAAUAUGACCAACAAACAUGUAAAUAAUGAAAAUGCUGCAGGCAGGACUGUUGUAACAAGUAAAGAUAACGAAAUCACGAAGAAGGAAAGGUCCUCAGGAUUACAGGAAAAAACUAAUAUAAUUAGGGCUGUACUGAACCGUACAUCAAAUGGCAAGGAUACAACACGUGCCUCUCAGAUCCAGCUGUUGAGAUGCACGUCUGUUCAAAGAGCCACGAAGUCGCUGUAUGGUCUACAUGGAACUCCUGGGAGGCGUGGCCAUACAGACUUGAGGAGACCGGUUUCGAUGGCUUAACUUUUCAAAACUGUGAUCGAUAUAAAUUGCGUGCAAGUCUGAAGUAACCGAUUUUAUAGCAUAUCCGGGAGGAAUGAUGUCGAACUCGUUGUCUUAUCGACUUGAUAAAAUGUCGUUUCUGAUUUCCAGUACUGUUUACACAUUUCUGGAAUUUUCGCUAACCUAGUAAAUUGAAUAAAAUAUCAGUUGCGACACAAAAUAGUAUAUGUAUUUACGCAGUAAGAAACAUAUAUACAAACACACAUUUACGCACUGCAAUAUGUAUAUACACUGUCAAUAUACAUAUAUGUUUUUUUUAUGUUAUAUGGGAGUGGAGAUAUAUAAAAAUAUAAAUAUAUGAAAAUAGCAGAUAUUUUGAAUUUCAAGAUGGCUGACAUGAUGGUGGUCAGAACAAAUGCUACCCAUGGAUUUCUGGUUCAGGUAGGUCAUGGGAACAUAUGACCAAAACGUUAUUAACUUGAGCAAAAAGAAAAGAAUGUAACCUUAAAAAAAACUACCUGGACUAAUAUACAAAAACACAUACAAGUUUAUAAUAUACAACUACUAUAUAUGUACAAUAAUACACAAAAACCAACAAUACAAGGUUCACCGUUUCGGUUUCGUUGUCUAUGAAUGUGUUCAUACGUGUACAUAGUGUACUAUAAUGAGCAACGUGCCCAUCACAGUAUAGGCUGUUUUACUGGCAUAUUUUUAAAAUUGUGUUCUAUGAUGCGCAAUAAACUACAAAUUACCUCGUUA